AUGCUGCGCAGAAUCGGAUCGCGCUACGGGAAGAAGUUCUCUUUCUUCUGCAGGAACGUGCGCGCCGUCCCGCAGUCGGAAAAGGCGGAGCGCGGUGGCGAGGACGCGUUCCUAUCCUUAUCCAAUGUUCAGGCGGUGCUGGAUGGCGUGAGUUGGUGGAAGCAGAACGCAGACUUGAACGCUGGCCUUUACAGCGCUGCAUUGGCGCGGUGCAUGUACGAGUACGUCGAGGAUGAGCUCCUUGGCGAUGCCCCGGCGAGCUCCUUUCGGCUGCUUGAGCGCGGCUACGAAAGUUGCAAGCAUAGCGAUGUGUUAGGCACGUGUACAGCCCUGGUUGCGACUCUACAAGAGCCGCAAGAGGAGAUUCAGUUGAAGGACCACUAUGAAGUGGUAUUGCUGGGUGGACCAUCACUGCCGACCGUGGGUGUCUCCACCACUGGUGGACCACUUGCAGCCACCUCUGCUGCUUCAGCCGCUGCCGCCGCCACCGCAGCGGUCGCAGCUGUGGAUGAUACAAUGAGCAGCGCGGAAACAGCCAAGGAGUCCGCCUCUGACUCGGAUGCCGCGGUCACGCGGGUGGAGACGACGACAGACCUGCACCAAGCCUUCGCGCGAUUUCAACGCUCGGACGGGGCGGAGAACUACCUGCUGGACGUCGUCUACGUUGGCGACUGCACAAUGAUGCUGAUCCGUAACGGACGAGUGUGUUACGUUACUGAGGAGCAGGCACACCAGCUGGACUACCCCUACCAACUGGGCACCGGUAGCAACGACACACCGAAGGAUGGUGUUCGUCUUCUCAUACCAGUAGAGAAGGGGGAUGUCGUCGUAAUGGGCACCGAUGGUAUUUUCGACAAUUUGUACCCGCACCGAAUAGCGGAGCUUAUAUGGCCGCAUCUGGAACGUGUCUUCAGUCAGCACGGCUAUCUGCAAGCGCUGGGUGGUGCGGAGACCGCGAAGGCACCGGCAAACUCGGUGAGCUACGCGAAGAAUCCUAACCUACGCACGCUUCUGGACGACAUCAUGGCGGCGCUCGACAUGAGUGCGAACGCUGUCAUGGUCGACGCUAUAGCCGUCUCGCGCGACGUGCGCUGCGACUCCCCGUACGCCUCUAAGUGUAUUGAAAAUGGCGCCCUCUUCGAGGGCGGCAAGCCAGACGACAUGACGCUGCUAAUAUCCGUGAUCGGCGAGUGCGACGACGACCAGCCCACCGAGCAGUUCUCCGGCAGUGAGACGGCAUUCCCACUACCGUACCGCGACUGGCCAUGA